UACUUGAAUAAACACGAGUAUCCUCAUGAGAUAUAAAGAACCGUGCAGCACUUGAUGGAUUCUGUAGGUAGGCUACAUACUCUGACUUCAAAACGCUUCACUGUCUUGCCAACUAAUUGAAUAUAUGCUGCGAGGUCCACAGCGCGUCACGACGCAAUCCAACUCACAGUUUUAUCCUCCUUCUCCUUCUCUUUCUCCGCUCACUCGCGCGGUGUCAGUCAUCCGCGAUGCUGGAGCUGGAGAGAGAGCUCGUGUCCGCGCGAAACAUGUCUGGGAUCACCGCUAAUGAAGCUUGUAAUGACUGUUUAACAUCAGCGCAGCAUCCGAACUCCACGGAAAUUUACUCCCAUUCGCAUAUUGAUGAAGACGACGAACUUCUCAAGUACAUCUGGAGGGAAUAUUUGCAUCCUAAACAAUAUGAAUGGGUUCUCAUAGCUGGAUAUAUCAUGGUUUUCCUUGUCUCUCUGGUCGGAAACACCCUCGUUUGUUUUGCAGUUUGGAAAAACCAUCACAUGCGCACAGUGACCAACUACUUCAUAGUGAACCUGUCCUUCGCAGACAUCCUGGUCACAAUCAUAUGUCUUCCUGCGAGUCUUGUGGUUGACAUCACAGAAACCUGGUUCUUCGGACAGACCCUGUGCAAGAUACUACCUUACUUACAGACAAUCUCUGUGUCUGUAUCAGUUCUGACACUGAGCUGCAUAGCCCAAGAUCGCUGGUAUGCUAUCUGCCACCCCCUGAAAUUCAAGAGUACUGCCAAAAGAGCCCGCAAGAGUAUUGUUCUGAUCUGGCUCAUUUCCUGCGUGAUCAUGAUUCCACAAGCCAUAGUCAUGGAAUGCAGCAGUCUGCUCCCAGAGCUCACCAACAAAACCAGUCUGUUCACCGUGUGUGAUGAACAGUGGGCAGAUGAAAUCUACCCUAAAGUCUACCACACCUGCUUCUUUAUUAUCACUUAUUUUGCUCCCUUAUGUUUGAUGGUCCUGGCAUACAUUCAAAUCUGUCAUAAACUCUGGUGUCAACAGAUUCCUGGAACCUCAUCAGUGCUUCAAAGGAAAUGGAAGUCGCUGCAGUGUUCCGCCCAUGCUGUAGGUUCAGGAGAGUCAGUGAAAGUGAGAACCAGCACUGUCUCAGCAGAGAUCAAACAGGUGAAAGCCCGACGGAAGACAGCACGCAUGCUGAUGGUGGUGCUGUUCGUGUUUGCACUCUGUUACCUGCCCAUCAGUGUUCUCAACAUCAUGAAGAGAGUAUUUGGUGCUUUUAAGAACACAGACAACAGAGAGACUGUCUAUGCCUGGUUCACAUUCUCACACUGGCUUAUAUACGCCAACAGUGCCGCCAAUCCAAUUAUCUACAAUUUCCUCAGUGGUAAAUUUCGAGAGGAGUUCAAAGCAGCAUUCAUCUGUCAUUGCUGCGGUAGAGAUGAGACACGCAAGGAAAGAGUCAGAGUGAGAACCAGUACAGAUAGCCGCAAAUCACUGUCUACCCAAGUAAACCAUUUUGACAACAUCUCCAGGAUUUCUGACCAUGCUGUGUAGCUCCAUCAUGAGAAGGGUUUGCUGGGUUAAUCCUACUGAGUGCCACUUCACCAGUCAUGACCACCGACUUGAAGAACACAGAUGUGCCCUAUGUUUUGACCUGCGAGAAGCACGGAUGGAAGGAUUGAAUAGACCUAUUAUCCCCUGAGAAUUACCCCACCCUUUUUGAAAAUGACAGUGUAUCUAUUGUGGGAACACAUGAACCUUCCAGUGAAUCAAAUUUUUUAACCCUCUGAGCCAAGGGGUUAUUUUUCUGCUCACCGCAACAGGUGAUGUACCCACAAUCCCAAGAGAUGAUGUGCAUACAAAUAAUGGCAUGUGUCUGAAACACACUACAUUCCUCAUCUCAAGAUUAAAAGCCAAUGAUGAUAGAAGGGAUGCAUAAUGGUGAUGUGUCAUUUUUCCAGUGUUAAAAUACUCUCCUAUCAAAUCUCAUGUAGAGACAACGAAGUAAUUUGCGAGUUAUCUAAAAUGUGUAAAGACUGCAGCACCACUGCUCUUUAUUUUUGAGCAUCCUUUAACCAGCUGAACACAGUGAUACUGGCUCAUCAGUCAUGUGAAUUUUGGAUGUUACUAUUUGUUUGAAUGGCC